GGACCCAGUUUAAUCGAACGAAAGUAAACGACGCGCUCGCUAAUUAGGCGUGAUAAUCAUAUCAAGUUUUGGAAGUGCUCCCAUUCUAGGAAAUAAGUCGCCCAAAAAAAUUAAUAAAAAGUUGAUAUUUAAAUUCAAUAGUCCCGUGUGUAAUAAAAAAACAGCCGCAAAAUGAAUUGCUUUGCAUCAUUUGUUAAUUUUAUAAUGUAUCUACUCAAUAUUGUCUUCUUGGUUGUUGGCAUCCUGCUCAUUGUAUUGGGUUCCAUUAUGCUUUCCAACAUAAGUCAAUUCGAUGGAUUUAGUCAGCUUAUGAGCACCAAUACAAUUCCAAUUAUGAUAACCAUUCUGGGUGUCUUAAUAUUUGUAGUAUCCUUCUUCGGUUGCUGCGGUGCUUGGCGCCAGAGUGCUUGUCUAACCGGCACGUAUGCCAUUUUCAUGCUCAUACUGUUUAUACUUCAAUUGACGCUUACGAUUUGGAUCUUUGUAAAUCGCGCGGCGUUCCUGCAAGAUAUGAGUAAACUGGUGAAUACGGCCUGGUCGGAGAACACCAGCGCUCAGGGUUACCCGAUUGAGGCCUUCGAGUUGGCUUUCAAUUGCUGCGGCAACAGCGGUUAUGAGGAUUACUAUUACGGAACAGUUCCCGGAACGUGCUGCGGCUACACAGACCGUACAAAAACUUGUCCGGCCAGCAUUUACAUGACCCGCGAGGGAUGCAAUCAAAAUUUUGUCAACUUCUGGGAGUCGAACACGGACAUCAUGCGAUGGGCAGGAAUCGGAAUCUGCAUAUUCGAGCUGUUUGUGUUCGUGGUGGCGUCUUGCCUCACAAGGAGCAUGCGACGAUCGGGAGGACAUUCCAUCUAAAUCGUAAAGCGCCUUUGCAAAUAAUGAUGAUGGACAAUUUUGUUGUUAAUGUUAAUAAAUCAUUCAAACAUGGAAUAUUGGAAUAA